AUGCACCAGAUCUUUCAGACAGACGAGAUCCUCCGGCUCAUCAUUUCCCAUCUUGCCAACCCACAGAAUCGAUAUACUAUCACAUCAUGGUCUCGUGGAGGACCUCAUACAAUCAGUACUUCCGUCGUUACCUGGUCCCCGCCGUUCCUCGGUACCCUGCCAUACCAACAGGUGCUGCCCAUCGGUACACUCGAGCGACGUACGGUGGCGAGACUAGCAAGAGUGUGUCGUACAUGGGAAGAAGCAGCACUGGACGCCCUCUGGCGCGAGAUUCCCAGUGUCGAGCCACUGUUCGGGCUCUUCCCGCCAUCUUGCCUGAGCGGUGCUCAUCGACAUGAGAAUGUUCAAUUCACCAGACCUCUGGUGCCGAGUGAUUGGGUGCGCUUCCGGUAUUAUGCGCCUCGCGUGCAGCGAAUUACCCCACUAGACGCUCGUUGGACGAGAUGGACCGUCGAUUUCAAGGCCUUUCUCUCUCUAUCCCAUUUCCAUCCAGGUGGCCCAAUCCUACCGAAUUUGCAACAGUGGGCAUGGGAUACUCAACGCGGUGCUGGGGAUAUUGUUGGGGGGAUGUGCUUUCUCUCACCCUCGGUAACCAGUAUCGAAGUGACCCUCGGCCACACAACGUCGGCGGACACCCUGUUCGGCUUUCUAUACAACCUGCCGAUGCGAUGCCCGCAUCUGACAUCCCUCGCUCUCAGCUACAACGACAAGGAUUGGCCAGACUGGGGAUUAGAGGCCACAAUGACCGCGCUACAGAGCAUUUUCUCCCUCUUGCCGAAGCUUACAAGGCUAAGCUUGCCCUUUUUCAUGGAUCAACCCACCUUCAUUACUCGCGUUGGAUCUAUCCCUGGACUCAAAGAGCUGAUGAGCGUAUGCCCAGACAAGCUAGUAGGUGCAUUUGUUGAUGACGACUCGGACGAGUUGGAUGAUGAAACAAUUGCUCCCGAAUCAAUGCUCUUUCACGACCUCAGGAGCGUCACACUCCAAAGCACGAUGAAUUCGUGCUUCCGUUUCCUGCGACGUUUCGUUUCCAAAAACAUUAUCAACAUGUAUAUUACUACCCUACAUCUCCGGUCUCCGACUCAACUCUCCGAAUGCGUCGCCAUAAUUGCCAGCUCGUGUCCACACCUGCGAGUGCUUCAUCUCCAGUACACACCGGCACAGCACGACAUGUCUUUCGACACAAGCUGGUUCAAGUUGAACACUCUGGCACCGUGUGGAGAUCUAGAAGAGCUGACAAUUGGCCAUCCGCGUGUGGCACCGUGGACUGAUGACGAAGUCCUCGAAGCCGUACGAUGCUGGCCUCGUCUGCGCGUGCUGAGACUCAAUCCUCGUCCGACUCGUGCGCUCUUUGAGCCCAAGUUGACACUGCGGACGUUAUGGAACCUCGUCAAGUGGUGCCGACGACUUGAAGUCGUCAGGUUCUAUGAUGUUGGCUUCGAGACUCCUGACGGGAGCGAGCCCUCGUCCUCGGCUGCGGUGGAAAGCGAGCAGAUGAAGAAGCUCGCCCUAUUCUCCCCGGUCCUCGCUUCGGCGCUCGCUUCGAACUCUGCGCUAGGUUCCGGUACAGAUCUCGGUGUCGCAAAGAUCAAGGGCUCGAAUAUUCUUACCCUACUCGACUUUGGUCAUUCGCAGCGGUGUAGCGAGAGUAGCACGCAGGAGCUGGCGACAUAUAUUGCCACGCUGUGUCCGUAUGCGCAAGUUCAAGGAAGCGAGCAAUGGCGCGAGGUUGCGACCAUUCUCAAAGUCAAUCAGGCUACUCGCUUAGAGGACCAGAAGAAGAUAGAGGCGUUGCGAAAGGAAGUCGAGAGGUUAAUGGCCUUGCUGGGAGGCAGUGUCAAAGUAUGA